GCUUGAGUGCAGAGCGCCAUUUUAGAGAGGCAAAGGAAGUUGUUUUGUGAAACAACUUCAAACGCUUGAAAGGGGAAGAAAGAUCACUAGUACAAAGCUAAAUACUUUAUGGGCUGUUACUGAUAAUUUCGUUGGGUAAUACGUAGUCUAGAGAGAGAGCAUUUUCUGGAGCGAUUAUUUUGAAUCUGUUGUUGGAAGGAACAGCAGCAGCAGGCGAAUCCGAGGUCAAAUUGGGCCUAUUUUAGAAGGAGGUAACGUUAGUUCGCUGGCUAGCUCACUGGCUGAUUGGUUAGCUUGCUAGCUAGGUAACUAUUCAUUUUCUGGUCACAGAAGAAGAAGCAGACGGGACGGUGGGACAAAUCCCUGCGGAGACCAUGGCAGACGAUUUUGACAUUGAGGCUAUGCUAGAGGCUCCAUACAGAAAGGAUGAGAUCAAGUCCUCUAGCGCUAAUGGACAUGAGGAGCGCAGUAGUAAGAAGAAAAAGAGGAGCCACAGUAGGAGUAGUCGGAGCCCGAGCUCUGACAAGCGCAGAAGCAAGAGCAAAGACAGGAAGAAGAGCCGGGACCGGAAAAGGAGCAAGAGUCGGGAGAAGAAACGCAGCCGCAGUAAGGAGCGCCGCCGCAGUGGCUCCCAUAGCAGGGAGCGUGCCGGGCGCUACAGAGGACGCCGCAGCCCCUUUUUGGGGCCGAAAUUUAACGGUGGUCCAGGAGGGAAGAUUGGCCCACCACAUGCCAACAAACUAAGUCGUAGGCGCUCAAGAAGUCGUAGUCCCUUCAAGAAAGACAAGAGUCCAGUAAGGCAACCAAUUGACAACCUGACCCCAGAGGAGAGGGAUGCCCGUACUGUGUUCUGUAUGCAGCUGGCAGCAAGAAUCCGACCACGAGAUCUAGAGGACUUCUUCUCUGCUGUGGGGAAAGUGAGAGACGUCAGGAUGAUCUCCGAUAGAAACUCCAGGAGGUCAAAGGGCAUCGCCUACAUUGAGUUUCUGGAGGCGAAUUCAGUCCCGCUGGCCAUUGGCUUGACUGGACAGAGACUUCUUGGAGUGCCCAUCAUUGUCCAGGCCUCUCAGGCUGAGAAGAACAGAGCAGCAGCAAUGGCCAACAACCUUCAGAAGGGUAAUGCUGGCCCCAUGCGGCUGUACGUGGGCUCUCUGCACUUCAACAUCACAGAGGACAUGCUGCGAGGCAUCUUCGAGCCUUUCGGAAGGAUUGAGAGCAUACAGCUGAUGAUGGACAGUGAAACUGCACGAUCCAAAGGAUAUGGUUUCAUCUCAUUUGCAGAUGCAGAGUGCGCUAAGAAAGCACUGGAGCAGCUGAAUGGCUUUGAGCUGGCCGGACGGCCCAUGAAGGUUGGUAACGUGACAGAACGCACCGACUCCUCCACCGCCAGCUCCUUCCUGGACAACGACGAGCUGGAGAGGACGGGCAUCGACCUGGGCACCACCGGGCGCCUGCAGCUCAUGGCCCGGCUGGCAGAGGGUACUGGUCUUCAGAUCCCUCCAGCUGCACAGCAGGCUCUACAGAUGAGUGGUUCCAUGCACUCCUCUUCAAUCCACUUCGGCAACAUGGCAGCUGGUACAGCUGUUGCCAACCCUGCCCUGAACCUGGGUCCAAGCAUGAACCAGGCCAUGAACCUCCCAACUCAACCACUGGCUACACACUGCCUACAGCUGUCCAACAUGUUCAGCCCACAGUCGGAAAAUGAGCCUGGUUGGGACAUCGAGAUCCAAGACGACGUCAUGGAGGAGUGCAACAAACAUGGGGGAAUUGUCCAUAUAUACGUCGACAAGAACUCCCCUCAGGGCAACGUGUACGUAAAAUGCCCCACAAUCCCAACAGCAAUGGCUGCAGUGAAUGCCCUACAUGGACGGUGGUUUGCAGGUAAAAUGAUCACUGCAGCGUACGUACCCCUCCCAACCUACCAUAACCUUUUCCCUGAUUCAGUAACGGCCACCCAGCUACUGAUGCCUUCGCGGCGAUAAGUCUGCCAUGCAUGGAGUAGAUGUCGCAACGUCUGUGGGCUUCAACAAUGUACAUAAUGUUUGCUAAUAUGUUGGGAACUUAUUUACCAGAGUAGCAAAAUACUGCACCAGUCCACCCAAUCUUCAUUCAGAAAUACAAAAGGUUUUGAAGGAUAUUUGUUUUAUUGUUCAAUCUGACAGCCAUCAGGCUGAGCUUGAGUUCUGUAGCCGCACAUUUAUGUAGGUGCACUUGAGCAGAUUACGUUGUGUGUUUCAACCUGCAUUGCGAUAGGGAGUUGUUAUACAGUGGAAAGUGGGUACUAAGUAGAUUUAAGUUGAAACUGACCACAAAAGAACCCAUUUUGGGGACAGCCCCACCUAAUUAACCUCUGAUUCUAAGUGCAGUUUGCUCUGUCCUCAUCCAAUUACCACAUCAUUGUACAUUUUGUCAUUCAGUUGUGCUUUAGAAGUUGAUUUGCCCAGUAAGUUUUUCAGUUAAUGUGUUAAAUGAAAAGGACAAACACCCAAAAACAGAUCUAUUUUUUUGUUAACUUCAAGGUAUUCAUUGUGUUUGAGAUCACUAAGUUUUUAACAUUUGUAAUCAAGACUUGAUUUUGUAAAAACUCUUGAUUUAAAUAUACUAUCAAAAUAAGUGAUUUGGGUGGUUUGAUGUGAUGUGCAUUUUGUCUUGUUGACAUUGGAUUGUUUCAUCUGGAAUGAAGGGGGAUGUGAAAUGUGUUUGUAAUAAAAUCCUAGUUUACAACA